AGACAUCCGGAAGCUCCAGUCUGAAAUUGACCGAACGGGAUAGUUCUUGUUUCCAUGCUUGAUGACCGCAGUUUGGAUUUUGCUGACUCUGGAUGUCAGAACUGACAUGUUGAUAGAAGCAGGACGUGGAGGAUGUGUCUGUUCAUAUAGCAGAGCCCCAUCUGGUGUGAUGGAGCGGUGAUGUGCCAGUCACAGGAGUGAUAAGGCCAGAGCAGCCAUGACUGAGUGCUUCCUGCCCCCCAGCAGCAGCCCUGCAGAGCAGAGGAGGGCUGAGCACCCAGGGGGCGUGGCCCGCACCCCCAGCUCUGAGGAGAUCAGUCCCACUAAGUUCCCUGGCCUGUACCGCACCGGGGAACCGUCGCCGCCUCAUGAUGGCCACCACCAUGAGGCACCAGAUGCCUACGUCUCAGACGACGACAAAGAGCACAGCAAGAAGAAGAACAAGUUCAAGAAGAAGGAGAAAAGGACGGAGGGCUACGCCGCCUUCCAGGAGGACAGUUCAGCAGACGAAGCAGAGAGUCCGUCCAAGAUGAAGCGCUCCAAAGGAAUCCACGUGUUCAAGAAGCCGAGUUUCUCUAAGAAGAAGGAAAAGGACUUCAAGGUGAAGGAGAAGGGCCCAAAGGAGGACAAGGCCAAGGAUAAGAAAUCUAAGGACCUGACGGCUGCAGAUGUGGUCAAACAGUGGAAGGAGAAGAAGAAGAAGAAGAAACCGACAACAGAGGCGGAGCCAGUCCCAGUGGAGAUCCCCACCUUCAGGCCCAUCUUUGGAGCACCUCUGGCUGAAGCUGUCAAGAGGACAGCUCUGUAUGAUGGUAUUCAGCUGCCAGCCAUCUUCAGAGAAUGUGUGGACUACAUUGAAAGUUAUGGCAUGAAGUGUGAAGGCAUCUACCGGGUCUCAGGUAUGAAGUCCAAAGUGGAUGAACUGAAAGCAGCAUAUGACCGUGAGGAGUGCCCCUGUCUGGAGGAGUAUGACCCCCACACGGUUGCCAGCCUGCUGAAGCAGUACUUACGCGAGCUGCCUGAGAACCUGCUAGGCCGGGAUCUGGCGCAGCGCUUCGAGGAUGCCUGCGGACGUCAAGUGGAGGCCGAGAAGGUGUCGGAGUUCCAGAGGCUGCUGGCCGAGGUGCCGGCGGAGAGCCGACUUGUUCUCUCCUGGGUCGUCACGCACAUGGACCAUGUCAUCGCCAGGGAGGCUGACACCAAGAUGAAUAUCCAGAACAUCUCCAUCGUCCUUAACCCAACUAUACAGAUCGGGAACCGUGUUCUCUACAUGUUCUUCACACACGUGAGGGAGCUGUUUGGAGACGUGGUCCUGAAGCCGGUGGUGCGGCCACUCCGCUGGUCCAACAUGGCCACGAUGCCGGCGCUACCCGAAACCCAGGAGAGCAUCAAAGAGGAGAUCCGGCGACAGGAAUUUCUGCUGAACUGCCUGCACAGGGACCUGCAGGCAGGGGUGAAGGAUUUAUCUAAAGAGGAGCGGCUGUGGGAGGUUCAGAGAAUCCUGACCGCUCUGAAACGCAAACUGAGGGAGGCCAAACGUCAGGAGUGUGAGAGUAAGAUUGCCCAGGAGAUAGCGAGUCUCUCAAAGGAGGAUGUUUCAAAAGAGGAAAUGACUGAGAAUGAAGAGGAAGUCAUCAACCUCCUCUUGGCACAGGAAAAUGAGAUCCUAACAGAGCAGGAGGAGCUGAUCUCUCUUGAGCAGGUGCUCCGCAGACAGAUUGCCACAGAGAAGGAAGAAAUUGAGAGACUGCGAGCAGAGAUUGCAGACAUACAGAGUCGGCAGCAGGGCCGCAGUGAGACAGAGGAAUAUUCAUCUGAUAGUGAAAGUGAGAGUGAAGAUGAGGAAGAGCUGCAGAUGAUUCUUGAAGACCUGCAGAAGCAAAAUGAGGAACUGGAGAACAAAAACACACACCUGAAUCAGGCCAUCCAUGAGGAGCAGGAAGCAAUCUUGGAGCUCCGCGUCCAGCUUCGCCUUCUGCAGAGCCACAAACUGCAGCAGGAACUGACCGUCCAGCCGCCGGCCGAGCAGGCCCUACCCACGCAGCCAAGCCCAGAGCCCCGCAGCGAGGAGCAAAACAAACGCUCCGUCGUCCCGGCAGCCGCUGGUGCUGACGCCGCUGUCCCGGCCAAUGGCAAGGCAGCCAAGGAUCCUUCGAAGCCCUCACCGAGCAAAGACAGGAGGGAUGCCAACAUGUGAGAUGUCAUGGUGGCUCAGUUGUCCUGUAGUGUCACUCAUCCACUGGAGAUUUGCUGGAUCCAAGAAUUUAGUAGUGCCCACUAAGUGGCAGCCAUGGAAAAAUAUGUUACUGUCUUUGACUCUUCUAGCAGAAAUCAAAUACCUUGUUUCUUAUUUUCCCAUGCAAAACACAAACAAGUAGAAAUUGAGUAGCUUCUGUAGCGGACAACUGGCUGCUGCUGAGAGACACUAGGUGGACCGUAUUUUCAAACUCACAGUGCCAAGCCUGUAUGAAGGAAGAAGAGGGUGAGAGGAGAGCGUCAUGCCAGUUUAGGACAUAAAGUUUAUUUUUUUCGCUGGUAAGGGCUCAAGAAAUGCUUAUAAACCAGAUAAUCUCAGCCCCUGUAUCUCACUAUGUUGCUCACCUAGAUGCAAAUUUGACAUGUUAGGAUAGAGACCACUGUGCCAUAACUGAAGAUGCCAGACCUGGAUAUGUUUCCCCAGAGAACCACUAAUACAAAAAGCUCUUUGAAUAAUGAAGAAAUCUAUGAUUGGUCUAUCUAUAUAUUAUAUAUUUAAGUAGUAUUCUUAAGAAUACGGAUGACUAUCCAAGAAAUACAUUGAUUUUAAAUUUGAGCUUUUUAGUAAUAUAUGAAUAUAUGUAUAAAUAUAUUGUAGAUGCUUUCCUUUCUUUGAACAGCAGAUGCACAUAAACACAGCGGGUGUUGUAUCAUGCGACUGACCAGUGCAUUAAAACACAAACAGACAAGAAAUGCGCAACACAAGCAUAUUCGUCAGAGAUGGAGGCAGCAUUGUUACAGUCACACUUGGCUCUGUAGUGCAAUCGUUUUCUGUUAUCUCUAUUAACUCUCUUGCACAAACAUUUGUCCAGUCUUAUGAUGGAAUAACAAAUCUGUACUGAUGAUUCUUGUCAACCAGAAUGUGUGCAGAGAUGCGCAGGAGGCGAUUAGUUGUGUCGUGCAGUUGACUCUGUUUUUUAACUCUCGAUGUACGGAGUUAUUCAUGGCAUCAGUUGGAAGUGAGAAAAAAAAAAAACAAAAAAAACAAAACCUCAAGAUUACAAGUCAAUCAUUUCAUUUCACAUCUGAUCCAUGACAAUUGCAAAGUGCUGUCAUUGUUCGGUGAUAUUUAAAGCAAAGGCAUGGCCUGACUGACUUAACAUUUGUGUAUAUUAUUGUAAAAUUGCAAACAUACUGUAUUUUCAGCUCUUAUGUUUUGUCUCUUUUUUUUUUUUAUUAUUAAUGACCUGUAUGGAGUAUGUUAGUGUGACUGCCUCUGCUUUGGUCAUGGGCAAAUCAAAGCAAUCUCAUUGAUUCUCUCUUGAUUCAGUGUGUUGUUAUUAAUCCUGUGACCGAAACAGAUAAAUGCUUGAUUGGGCUCAGAAGCUUCUCAUGAGUUUAUUUUCAUAUUGUUCCAAGCUUUUGUAGCUUAUUGUUGCAGACAGAAUAAUGCUGUGAAGAAUAAAGUGUCGAUCCAAAUGA